AUCUUCUAUUAAAAAAAGCCAGGUUAGUAAGCAAAGUGGUUUUUUCCCGGACACGUGUGUAGGGAGGACUGUGUCCUGGUUUGGCCUCCCUCAGGAUGCUCUUUGGAGACUGGCAUGAGGCCUGGGAGAGCUGGGAGGGGGUUUGGGAGGUGCUAGCUCUCACUUUAAGGUAUCCAAACAUGACCACCCUGGAGACAGAAAAUCUGGGAAGCUGCAGGGCUUGGAGCAAGGAGGUGCAGGGGUCAGACCUGCCUGUCCCUAGGGAUUCUAGCCAAGGGAGAUGUGUGGUUUUCCUGCUCUGGUGAACUGGUACAUUUAAGCAACAUUUUGGUGCCUGGAUUUUGGAAGUGGUGGGAGAGCUUGAAGGCUCCUCCAGCUGGUGAUGGAGCCCUGAGACCCCGGUGCCUUCAGCUCUGCCCCUUCCGCUGCCGUGUCCUCACCUGUGCCCUCUCCCUGUGCCUCAGGUCGGCGGUGAUGUGUCCAUCCCUGCGCCCCGAGCGCCGCGCUCCCAAAGCCGCUUCCAGCUAGAUCCAAGGCCGCCCGCUGCCAUGGAAACGGGCAGCCCGGAGGAGCGGGACGGAGCGGACCAGCGGCGGCAGGAGGGCGGGGACGCCCCUCCCGACAGCGCCAACGGCUCCGUGGUGGCAGCGGAGCCGCAGCAGCCGCCCCCCGGCAAGCUGAGGAAAACGGCCUUCAAGCUGUUCGGGGGCAAGCGGAGCAUCUGCACCCUGCCCAGCUUCUUCGGCGGCCGCGGCAAGAAGGGGCUCAGCAAGUGCAAGACCCACGACGGGCUGAGCAGCGCUGCCUGUGACAGGGGCGGUGCGACACGGCCGGACAGCCCCUCGGAGGGCGGCAGGGAUGGGCAGCCCGGCCCUCUGCCCGGCUCCCGCAGCGCCCAGCUGGCCGUGGACACCAGCACCAGGGGGGAUUUGGGCCAGCAGGAUGGCUCUCCCCCCGGGAGUAUCGAGGGGUGUGACAAAAAGCCCAACGGGGAGAAAUCCUCUGUCCCUAGACCCAAGAAAGGGCUGAAAGGGUUUUUCAACAGCAUCCGACGCCACCGGAAGAGCAAGGCUGCCGAGAGUGAGAAGGCAGAGCUCCCCGAGUGGAAUGGGGACACGGAGGAGGCUGGGAAUGCUCCUGGAGUGGCAGUGGAGAGCCGAGGGGCCGUGGAGGGCAGAGAACCAGGGCCAGUCCCUGAGGCCACGGCUGGCCCAGGGGACUCAGGGGGUGACUCCAGCUGUGGGGAGGCCACCGAGCCCACGGGCUCCGCAGCUGAUGGAGGCACCUCUGAGGGUGACACGAUGGCCGUGCCAGGGAACGGGGACGUUCCAGAUACAAAAUUAGAGGCUGAGGCUGCUGCCUGCACUGAGUUUGACCAUGAGAGUUUGCUGCUGGCCUUCCACCCUGACUUCAUGGACAGUGAGCCUCCCUGCCUGCACUCUGGGGACUUGCUGAGCCUCAUGCUGGGGGACGUCACCUCCCUGAAGAGCUUCGACUCGCUGACGGGCUGCGGGGACGACAUCGCCGAGCCCGAUAUCGCCGAGAGCAGCAUCUCGGUGGAGCGCAGCCGCGACGCCGCCAAACGCAGCUCCUGCCUCGUCACCUACCAGGGCGGCGGCGAGGAGAUGGCCAUCCCUGAGGAGGCUGAGGAGUACCUGCACCAGGUGUGGGACAGCGGCGUGCCGGGGGACAGGAGCUACGGGGCCCAGGUGUCCAGCAGCAGCCUGGAGACACACGCCUCUCACGAGGCUGACGCCCACCCCUACAUGGGGGAUGCCAUGGAUGGUGUUGACCUCCUGACGCCCCAGAGUGACCAGCAGGAGUCUGCCCCAAACAGUGACGAAGGGUAUUAUGAUUCUACCACGCCAGGGCCAGAGGAUGAGACUGGAGAGGAGCUCAAGAAGGACAGACUGCCCCGGGACAGCUACAGCGGCGAUGCACUUUACGAGUUUGACACCCUGAUGAGCCCCUCUCAUGGGGAGGAAUCCCUGUUCGAGGGCAAAAUCCCACGCCAGGGCAUCUUCAGCUACUUCAUGGACUUCUGCCUCCCUGCGGAGAAGAGCCUGAUCCAGCAGAUGAUGGAUCAGAAAAGAGGGCUGAUGGAAACUGAAGAAGAGGGGAUUGCAGCCAUUCAGAAAGAGCUGCUGUACUGGGAGCUGCAGAGGGAACCGGUCCUGAAAUGCUUGGAUGUCUCCAGCAAGGAGAAGUGUCCCCGGGAAAAGCAGUGCAAUGAAUGUAAAACCAGAGCAGCCAGCUCCAUUGGCAAGAGUCAGAGUUGCCUUGGGAGUGAGCAAGUGGCCUCGCACACCCCAAGCCGGGCUGUCAAUGGUGGGGUUGCAGUGGCUAGGGCUGAAAAUCCAGAGUGGAGGGAUUUUCCAGGUACUCUGUGUCUGGAAAACUGUUACAACAGCCAAAAAGCCCCCGGAAGUUGCCUUAUUCAGCUCACAAAGAACAACCCGGGGUUCGAUGCAGACCUGGACUGUGGGAUGUUUGGGGACUCCAUCCACGGCAGUGUGGCCCCAGCCAAGGCAGGGAUGUUCCCUGGGUUCAGGCUGCCGGAGCAGGAGCACGGCGGCGGAGCAGAUCCCACCCCCGGUGAGCCCCAGGUGGGCAGCGAGCCCGAGCAUGCUGUGAGCUUCUCGCAGGCUCUUGUGGAGUUCGCCAGCAGUGGGACCCUCUUCUCCAGCCUCUCUGAGAGCCUGGGGAGCUCGGCCUCCAGCUCGUCCUUCACCCAGAACCUCCCUGCCCUCCCCACCAUGGUCACCUUCGACGUGGUGGACGUGGAGCAGGACGGGGAAGGGGAGUGUGAGCAGCACGCGGAACUGACCGCGGGCGAGGACAUCGCCGAGGCCUUUGAUGAUGGCUAUGGACAGAAAGAGUCGUUGGCUGAAUGUGACGAGAGAAUGUCCCUGGGCUUCUCCCCGGGCUCCUUCCAGAGCUGCAACUGGGGGGUGGCCAGCCUGCCCCGCCACCUGCGCCUGCACGGGCUGAGCCCCUCCAUGCCCGCGCCACUCUCCGUGGACCGCAGGAGCCGCUCGCUGGACACGGAGAGCCUGGAGUUCGAGCUGGCCGAGCCGCAGGGGGCCCGGAGUGGCCCCCAGCCCUGCCGGCUCUGGGCCAGGCACGAAGCUGGCAGGAAGGACUCUGCUGGAGCCAGGAGGAGCAGGAGCAAGGAGGAGGGUGAGCUGGUGGCUCCCGAGGGCGGCUUGAGCUGGCCGGGCCUGCAGCACCUCCAGCACGGCACCGACACGGCUCCCGGCGGGAUGGAGCUCUGGGACUUCGCUCCGGCUGGCGCUGUUGAGAGCGUCUGGGAGCCAUCGGAGCUGCCAGACACCGUGACCCCUUUCCUGCCUCUCUCCCGGGGUGGCAUCGGGGAGGCUCCGGAGAGGCGGCCCCAGGAGCCAGAGCUGAGCAGGCACCCGCUCCGGCCCUCCAACCUCCCGCUGCAGCCCGAGGCAAGGCGGGCCCGGGAGGCGGCCGGCUCCUUCCGGUACCACGCGGAUGUCCCCAGGCUGUCCCGCUUGUUACCCCUGGGAGAAGCGGAGCUGCCCCCGAGCUUGGGCUUCGCCUGCUCCCCGGAGCACCGUGCCAGGGGCAAACCUGUGGGCAUUGCCCAGGGCGUGCCGCAGCAUCCCGGGAACGGCAGCAGGGACGCCGAGAGCCCAGAGCGCUGCGCCGAGCCCCUCAAGGGCAGGGCCACCCCGGGGCAUGGCGCCUGCCGUGGCACCGUGUGCAGUGUCACUGACGCUGAGUAGCUGCAGGAAUGUCACCGUGUCACCCGGCUGGGGGGGUGCAGGAAUGUCACCGUGUCACCCCGCUGGGGGGCUGCAGGAAUGUCACCGUGUCACCCGGCUGGGGGGCUGCAGGAACGUCACCGUGUAACCUAGGCAAGGCUAUCUGCAAGAAUGUCACUGUCACCAAGCCAGAAGGCUGCAGGAAUGUCACCAUGUCACCAUGCUGAGGCUGCUCUGGGCAGGGCUGAAAGGGGAGCAAAGGGAGGGAGAAAACAGGGAGCAGUUUGGGGAGGACUUGAGUUUGAGCUGGGCUGAUGCUCCUCUCCCACAGCCAUCCGUGGCCUUGCCCCUGUGGAUGCUCCGGAGGCAGCUUGGAGCUGCCUCCAGGAUUCCUUCAUCACCACUGAGGCACUUUCUGGUUUUCCAGCCCUCUCCAACACCAAGUGCAGCAGCAGCCCCUGGCAGAAGCUGGGGAUGGACCCGUUGCUGGUGUGGCAGGUUGGGGUUUGUGCAGGGCUGGGACUGGGGGAACAGGCCUUGGGCAGAGUUUUGAGGGAAAUUGGGCUGUUUUCCUCUUCUGGGUGAAAUGUUUUGGUUCAGACUCACUUUGAAUGUCUUCCAGCCCGGGCUCAGUGUGGGGAGCUGGGAGGAAGGAUGCUGCUUGUUCCAGAGUAAGGAUGGGGCAGGGCAGCUGGAAAGGGGAACUUUGCAGCAACGUUUUUAUUUAUUUGAUUUGUCCUUGCCCCAAAGGAAAGCAGGAGCUUUUGUGUGCGUGCUGAUAAUGUUCUCCAGGUCUAGUUUCAGUUUGCUCAGAGAAAUGUGCUGUCCAUGGUGUCCCUUUGAAGAACAAAGUGUUGGUCCCUUCUUUGUUGUGGUCUGUCUUCACGGUGCAGAAUUCCUGGUGGAAACCUUUCCUGUGCUUUGUCCUGGGCUCCUGGCCUCUCCAGGGCCAUGGGGACAGGGAUGAGGCCUUUGAAAUAAGCUAAAUUUGCAUCAUGCCUGUAGCUGUGAAGUGGCAGAUGAUGUUACUUUCUCAAAAGGAAGCUUUGUGGCUUUUAAAUUUAAUUUUAUUAUUUUAAGGUUGUUUUCUUUGCAUAAACCCACAGGAGGAAAGUUUUGUGAUCCUUGGAAUUUGGGAUGGGCCACAGCUACGUUGGGCUUCACUCCUCCUGUCUGGAGGGAACAAAAAACCUGGAAGCUGCAGGAGGUUUGGGAUUUUAUGUCUCUUUGAAGGAACAUGGAGGAGGGACACAGGCUGAGGGCACAGACUUUGUCCUGUGAGCUCCUGUGACAUCUGUCCCAGGCUCCUGGUUCCCUCUGUGAUCCCAAACCCCCUCUGCUUUGGUCCAAACCCCCAGCCCAUGACACAAAGCUGCUUCCCUCUGCUGUCCAAGCUCUGUGUUCUGAGUUAAUUCCAUUACCAGUAAUUUUUGUUUUCCCCCACCUCAUUGCCCUUUCUCAGUUUUUCUUUGCAGCAGAGUUUGUAGCAUUCAAAAAAACAAAAAUCCCAAUGUGGAAUUUUGGAGUUUUGCCACAUUUGUGGAGUGAGGGAUGGCUCUGCUUGGGCCAGACUCGAUUUUCCUGCUGAGGCCUGCCCUGCUGGGUCACCCUCCUGCUGCUCUCCUGCUCCACAUGGAUGUGGCUCCAUCAGCUGCUCCCUGCCAUCCCUGGAUUUCCAGGCACAAGGAGCUGGUUUGGGUUUGAUGGGUUUUUCUCCCCCAAGCAAAAUGAGGUCUUCAUAUUCCUUUUGAGAAAAGGUUCCUUCUGCCCUGUCCUUGGAUGUCUGGGAAGGAGCAGGGAAAGGCAGGGCCAGGCUUGGUUCAGCCUCUGUGUGCGAUGUGAUUUUCCUGCCGAGGCAGAGCAGAUCCAUCUGUGCAUCCAUGGGCUCAAACUUGAAUUUUUCCAUAUUUUCCUGCCAGCCCUGCUGCAGGGAGUUCUACAGGAACCUGCUGUGCCAUGGUUCUUUUCCCUCAUCCCUCUGGGACACCAGAGAGGAUUUCCUGGGACACACCUGGCUCUUGGUGCCACUGCCACACCCAGAGAGGACAAUGUGGUGAGCCAGGGGAAGGUGCCCUCGCUGGGGGUUAUCUCCCCUCGUUAGCACAGCUGCUAAUGAACAUGGGAUGUCCCUCCCUGGAGCAGGGACAGGGCCAGCUCUGUGCCCAUCUCACCCCACUCCCACGGGCACACCCUGUUGGGGACACCACAGGGACUUUGUCACCCCCUCAUGCCCCUGGCUGGGUUUAAUCCCUGUUUUCUUUCCUUUCAGCGUCUCACCAAAGGCAUCUCGGGGGUUCCAGGCUCUGGAGCUUUGUUCAGCCAAAGUCCUGCUGAGGGCUGGGAAUGUCUUGGUGCUAAAUGAAUGUUCCAAGGUGUCACUAGGAUCCUGGGGUUGGGUGUAGGUACGAGGUGGGGAGGUUCAGUGGGAGCAAUACAGCCAAGGUUUGCUAAUCUGACUUUAUACCAAAGGUUUCUCCUCUUAAUUCGAUGGGAAUUCAAUGAGGCAAAUAUCUCUGGAAUUCAAAUGAGUUUUCCUAAUGCAGUUUAGUCACUAAUUUGCUGCAUUAUUGGCAGAUUCUGCCCCAUUAACCCAAAGAAAUUGGAAUUUCUAGUGCAGUAAUUCAGCCUGUAAAUGAUCACUGCAGUAGGGAUUGGAUUUCACUGCCUGCUGAGCCAUGCUUCCCAAAAAACCCCACUUGGGAUCCAUGGGAACAAAGCUGGGCUGGAGCUGGGUCAGUCCAACACUGCCUUACCCGAGGAGCUCACAUUUGGGGAUGGUCACUGAGGCUUCUUAUGCAAAAGGGCUUCCCAACCAGAAACCAGUCAGAAAAGUCAGGAACAGCAGGAUGUUUAGGAUAUUUAGGAAAAACUUGAGGAAUUCACCUGUUCCUUGCAGGGAAGUGAGGGACUGUGGCUGUGAAGCUGUGAUGGAACCACUGCCAUUGGGGUCAGCCUGCUAAGAGGUUCUGUGUUGCAUUCUGGGGACUUGGGGGUUUUCUUUCAUUUGGUUGUUUUUAUACACAUAAGGAAAUGGUUUAUUUUCUCUAUUUUUGUAUAGUUUUGCAUUUUAUAGUCAUGGGGAAAUUUUACAGACUGUUCUUUUAUUCGUGUGUCUUGUCUUUCCAAGUGGCGUGGUUUGCUUUUCUCAUGGAUAAAAGGCCAUUCCUGCUGCUGCCGUGCCCAGAUCCCACCCUGCUCCCUGGGAAUGUGCUGGGGGCUCUUCCCAGCCCCCCAGCCCCUCACAAACACACUUUGCACACACUUGAGACAUCCUUAACCCUCCUCUGUCGCACUCAGCUGUCUGCCUUUCAGUGUUGUUUUUAAUCUGAAUGUGUGGAUUUUGGUGAUUUCUCCCUUCAAGUGUUGUAAAAAGCCCACAGCUUUCAGCUGAGGCUUUUCCUGCUGUCUGCUGAUGUUAUUUUAUCUCACACUGGGGCUUUUCUUCAAUCCCUGUGCAGGAGAUGCUGUUGGCUGGUGCAUGGAAAUGCUCUUGGACAGGUUUCCUCUCCCCUUGGUGCUCCCUGGCUGGGCUGGGAUUUCGCCCUGGUGCCUGAGGAUUGCUCCUUAAAUAAUCCUGGGAUUACCAGGGCUCCCCACCUUCUCCUCAUUCCCUUCUCCAGGGAGCUCCAGCCCUGUGCUCUGCAUCACUAAAACAUCUCCCUGGAUUGACACUGCCUUGAACUUCAGGAUCAGAGGAGAGGAGAGCUUCUGGAAUGCUAAAAUCCAGCCCAAAGCAGAUUUUUCUCCCUUUUUCCCCCAGCAGCGGUGGCAAUUGUCACUGAUUUGGCUCUGCAGAGAUUUUUUUUUUUUUUUUUUGUCUUCUACUUAAUAAUUUGUCACCUAAUGGUGCUUUUAAAAGUUUCUCUGGAUUGGGUUUGCCCCAUUCCCCACAGGGAGGGACGGGAAGGUUUUUCACUGAACAUUCCUGGGGCACUCAGACCCACCUUCCACAUUCCCUCUGCCCUGGAAUUCUGGGCUUCCUCCUCUCCAGCUGGGGCCUCCUGCUCAUCUCACCCACACUGAGUCACCCCAAAGCUCCAUUUGGGUGAAGUGAGAAAUUCAGAUCCCAAAAAGCCUCUCAGCUGUAAGGAAAUAAUGAAUUAGCCCUUGUCCUUGGCUGCCCCACCCUGCUGCCAGGCUGGCAGCUCCUCCCGGGUGACCAACCUGGCUGAAUUUGGGGUUUUUUUGUUUCCUUCCUGGUCUCAUUGCUACUAGUCCUUUCAAGUUUUUAAUGUAUUGAUUGUGUUUUAAAAUGAAUGUUCCUUUCACUGAAUUCUAAUGAAUAAAGUGCAGAUUUUUAGAGAA